AGGGCGUCUAUGCGACCGACAAUCUGCCGACCGGUCCUCUGUUUUCAGUCGCCUUCGCUGCGGGCAGCGUACGGACGGAAGAGUUUCGAGUUUUUCGCGAAAAUCGGUUGUGUUUCUUAUACUGUCAUCACAUUACCGCUAUCGUAUACGAUGAUACAAAAGUCCCUAACUCUUCGACAAGUGAUUUUCGUGAGCAUACAUUCGAAAUAAGAACAAAAAUGUACUCCCGAAAAUGAGUUUUCUGUUGGCGCGUUACCGGUACUUAGCAAUACAUCGCGAAAGGGUUAUAAUCGAAUAAUACUCGAUACCAAAUAAUAAGGUGACACAUUGAAGAAUAAGAAAAGGGUAAAAUACGAAACAAAAGGCGGGAAACGAAUGCGUGGAAAACCGAUUUUGCUGGACGAACUGUUGGGCACGAGCGCGAUCAAGAAGGAAAAUACUUACACGAAGGUGGCAGAGACAGGGGUGGCGAAGGUCACGGAGUUGGGCCUAAGGGUGGCAUCAUGGACUCUCAUCAGCACCAGUUCUGUCUUAAGUGGAAUAGCUUCGGUAGCAACUUGGCGACAGCGUUCUCGAAUUUGUUUAAAAGCGAGAGUCUUACCGAUGUCACCCUAUUCUGCGAGGGAGUAACGUUCAAGGCACAUAGGUUAAUCCUCGCAGCAUGCAGCAAGCACUUUCAAGAGCUGUUCGAAGGAAUGCCUCCUUCUCCCGCGGGACUGAUCGUUAUUCUCGACGGGACAAGUGCCCACAAUAUGGCGUCCCUUCUCGAAUUCAUGUACCGUGGAGAGGUACACGUGUCCCAGGAAUCCCUCAGCUCUUUCCUCAAAGCAGCCGAAUGCCUUCAAGUAAAGGGUCUGUCCAUCGAACACGAGAAACUGGCAGUAGCGCAGAGGCACGCUGCGGAGAACAAUAACUCGUCGACGGACGCCGGGGGUAGCAAUGGCGGCGGAGGUGAUGGUGGUGGCGGUGGUGGCGGUGGCGGUGGCGGAGGUGGUGGCAGCGGCGGCGAGAGCGGAAGUGGUGUCAACGGUAGCGUGAGCGGAAACGUUGCUGGCAGCGUCGGUGGCAGCGUGGGUGGUGGUAUUGGUAGCGUCGGCGGUGGUGUCGGCGAGGUGAGCGAUUUGGGCGAAGCGGGUGAAGCAACCAUGGUUAGAAACAUCACGAAGAGGACCCCCACACCGGCACCUUCGCCCGCCCCAGCCUAUACCGUGCCCAGCCUCUACUCUACCUCUCACUAUUACGAAAGCCCGCAGAAAAGGCUGAUGAGAUCGCCGAGCGACGUCGAUACUUUAGGAAGGGCGAGUGUGUUACGCGAUGGUACCGCUUUCCGGCCCGCGUCAGCGCCACAUCCGCUUCUCCUGGAGAAUCAUUUCUAUCAGCCGUUUAUCCACCCUUCGGAAACGUCCGCGCAUCCCCAUACCGCGCCUCACACGCCAACGGAACUGGAACAAGAAUUGGAACGAGCGAGGUCCGAGGAACGUAGCAAUUGCGAUCUCAAGGAAAGCGUAGCCGAAGAUCUUCGAAUAAAACAGGAACCGGUAGCGUUGAGCGAUCGGGAGAGGGCAGAAAAAUUGGCGGAAAGACUGUCAGGCGAGGUUUAUUCCGGGGGAAGGGGGUUCGACGGUAGUCACUAUGGUUCAAACUCGGAUCAAAUGCAACACGGUGGACAAGCUGGCCACGGUAUGAUGCCCUUACCACCGGCUCAUCCACCGACUCCUGAUCUCAGCCCUGCACCCACCACCCCUGCUAUGUGGAAUACGAAGAUCAACAAGGCUGGCACUGUUACCACUCCUGAUGGCAAGAAGCUGAAGUGUCCGUUCUGCGAGAGACUGUACGGCUACGAGACGAACCUGCGCGCCCAUAUACGGCAACGUCACCAGGGUAUUAGGGUGCCGUGUCCGUUUUGUUCGCGGACCUUCACGCGGAACAACACGGUCAGACGGCACAUCGCACGGGAGCACAAGACCGAGCUGAAUCUGAAGGCGUUCCAGCAGUCGAACCAUUCGAUGUCGGACUCGGUGCCGCAGUAACGACAUCCCCGUCGUCGUCAUCGUCGUUGUCGUCGUCGUCGUCGUCGUCGUCUAAGUCACGAUCGUCGUCGUGAUCAUUGUUGCCGUCGUGGAGGCACCGAAAGCAGCCCGAUUGCUACUCGAGUAACCCGCGAGUGACUUCGAGUAACCCGAAUGACUUCAAGGAAGAUGGAACGAGUUAGCUGGAAGGUAAAGGUCCAUCUUUCCCUUUGGUCGUCGGUCAACGCCGUUCCCAUCCUGUGUCGCAUUCGGGCGACACUCUGGACUCCUCGUUUCCCUCGUGAACUACGCCUCGCUGCGUUUGACAGCGGCCAAAGCUGACGGUCCGUCGAGAAGCACGCGAGUUCCUGGCGAUAGGACUACAAAGGAAACGAUACGUGCGACCCGCUGGGUCAUCGAGGUCUGUUCGUAAUAGUUGUCAAUUAAACUGCGACCGUCACGAGUCGACCUUCCAGUACACGCCGAGGAAAACGUCUGGGGGGAAAUGUGCACGGAUUUCCGGGGGGACACGUUGGUGCACUCAGUAGGAUGGAUCUUCAGGGUUCUCCUUGUAAAACGACGUUUUCAGUUUUGCUUUCAGAUCUCACAGCCCGUGAUCUAUCUGACUUUUCGAAUCUAUUUUUAUAGAUUUACAGUUCCUUUUAAUUGUGCGUCGAAGCGAGACGCAUCUUGCGAAGGAUGGACGUCGGAUGAGACAGAAGGCGUUGACCACGAUGUAGGAAAAAUUGUCCCGGUGAUCGGAUCAUGGAAUACACGGGGAGAUUGAAGAGACGGAAAGCGAAGAAGAGGAGGAAAGGAGCUCGGAAAAACGUCGACGUCCGAUUGCUCGCGUAGCUAUGCACAGAGGUAGGGAAUUAAGCGCGUCGCGCCUCGGACACGCUCGCGGAUACGCUGCAAAUCACAAAACUAGUCAAUGAAAGUGCAACGUCGAGUAAGAGUUAUUAACUAUAAACGCUUAAAGAGCGUGAUUAAAUAGAGAAGUAGAGAAAAGAAUAAAAAAAGAAAAAGGCGUAAAACACCGGAGGAUAGAGAAACGUGAAACGCGGAUUCACGAAGCUAAAGAGAGAAGAAGAGUAACGAAGAAAAAAAGACGCAUAUCUCAGGUGAAAUCGUAUACAAUAAGCAAAAUAGAACUUUUUGUUUCUCAGUC